AUGGGAGCUGGACGCGAUCGUCAAGGCCGUGGAGGUGGAGACACCGUUCAGAAUACGUGGGGCGGGCACACUUACGCUGACGUGUGCGCCAAAGAGCUGGACGGGGUGACGUGCGCAGCGCCGUUUCGGGGGGUUACUCGGUUCUGGGACGGUUUCGCCGCCUACGAGGCGUCCGUCACCAGCGACGCGGACGUCCUUGAAGCCGUGAACGUGGAGGCGUUCCCGGACGGGUUUCCGGUUAACCAGCAGACAUUGUUCGGCAACGGCAUCGUCUACGACGACGACGGGAACAUCUCGGGGGUGAAGGCGAUCAUCCAGGGGUACGCGCUGUCGUCCGACCCUGAUGACGACGCGGACAUCAACAAGGAGGUUUUCGACUGGAAUGAGGCGUUUCAGGACAAGCUGGAAGCGUCCACGGACGACUUCGCCGACGUCUUCGAAGUGUUCUACCUCACGAGCCGGUCUUUCGACGAUGCCCUGGAGGAGUCCGUUUCCGGCGAGAUCUUCCUCUAUUUCGCUACCUACGUAAUCAUGGUCCUCUUUGUGACGGUGUCGCUGGGCCGGUGCUGCGCCGGGCCUGUCGAACGCCGGAGCUGGCUGGGGGUAGGAGGCAUCAUGCUCGUCGUUGCCGCAGGCCUGGCGGCGUACGGUCUCAACAGCGGAUUCGGCGUUCCCUUCACGUCACUUUCGCAGAUCCUCCCCUUCAUCCUCAUCGGCAUCGGCGUGGAUGACAUGUUUGUCAUCGUAGCGGCGUACGACCACACGGACCGCGCACUCCCCGUGGAGGAGAGGGUUGCCCUCGGAGUCAAGCGCUGCGGGUUGUCUGUUACCUACACUUCGCUGACGAACUUCUUCGCCUUUCUCCUGGGCGCCCAGUCCUCCCUGCCCGCGGUCCAGUACUUCUGCCUCUACGCCGCCACGGCAAUCUUGUUUGAUUUCUUCCUGCAGAUGACCGCCUUCGUGGCAUUGCUUACGAUGGAUGCCAACCGCCAGAAGGCCGGCAAGAUCGACUGUUGCUGCUGCUUCACGAGUCCAAAGCACCCCGAGAAGCAACAGCGGUCGCAGAAGGAGAGUAUUCAACGUGGAGUCAAUCCACGUUCGACCCACCGCGAUAUCACAACCGACGGCGGUGGCGGAGGCACCGAUGGCCUGCAGACCCGAGGGAAGGACGACUUCAAGGCAGAGGUGUAUGAGCUGUCGAAAUUCGGAAGGUUUGUGAAGGAAACGUUCUCCCCUUGUAUACUAUCGAGCACGGGCAAGGCCGUGGUGCUUCUUUGCUCGGCUUGGCUGCUUACUUCCGGCAUCUAUGGCGUCACGCAGGCGACGCAGGGCUUCGAUGUGCUCGAUCUUGCUCCGGACGACCACUACGCGCGAGAUUACACGGCCAUGGCGAGGAGUUACAAUAUGGACAUAUUGGAGUGGUAUGUGCCGAUGAGAGUCUACACGCGAGAGGUCGACUACCCAGAUGUGGCUGUUCAGGCGGAGAUGCAGUCGACCGAUGAUCUUUUGCUUGAGAACGAGUUCGUGGAAGGGCCGGUUGACUCGUGGCUGACCUCCUUCAUAGAGUGGGCAGAAUCCAGCGAUACCUACAGCGCUAACGUGGGUACGUCUGGGGGCUACGUAGUGUACGAGGAUCGGGCCACCUUCUACACCGCCCUGUCCGCGUUCACCGAGGACGGGGCUAACGCGAGGUUCCUAGGGGACGUGGUCUUUAACGACGAUGGAACAAUCAAGAUAAGCCGGUCGGACAUGUUCCUGGUCGGCCUCACCGACACAGAGAAGAACGUGGACGCCCUCAGAGGAACACGAGAAGUCGUUGACCAAUCGGCGCUCGACCCCGCGCCGUUCGCGUACUCUGAGGUGUUCGUAUCUUCGGAGCAAUUUGUUGUGAUCUACGGCGAGCUCAUGUCAAGCUUCGGCCUCGCCUUGGCGGCGGUGUUCGCGCUGAGCCUCCUCGUCCUGGGCAAGGUUGCCGUGGUGGUCCUCGUGUGUGUCACGUUGGUUAUCGUUGACGCGGAGCUGCUGGGCUUCGUCUACCUCUACGGCCUCGACGUGAAUAGCAUCACCGUCAUACAAUUGAUCAUGGCGGUCGGGCUGGUGGUGGACUACAUGGUUCACCUCGUGCACUACUUCCUUCAUCAGGACCCCAGGACACCCAAGGACACGAGAAUCGCCGACGCUCUGGGGGAGAUCGGGCCCUCGCUGCUGAUGGGCGCGGGGACAACGUUCUUGGGGAUAAUGCCGCUCGUGUUCGCGCACAACGUCAUCUUCCGCGUGUUCUUCAAGAUGUUCCUCGUCAUCAUCUCGUUCGGGUUUUACCAUGGUGUCGUGUUCGUCCCGGUAAUGCUGUCGAUACUGCCGGAUAGCCUGAUCUCGAGCUCUCCGAACGACAAACGUGCAGCAUCCGUAUCCCGCGACGACAGCGAUGAACACGACAAGGGCGGGCCGACGUUGUUGGUGGAUGGUACCGUGGUCGAUUGA